AUGGGCCAAACCCACUCCUCCGGCCCGCCCCCCUCAAUCGAUGCCCUCCACCACCGCCUAACCGCCCGCUUCGCAAAAGCCUGCUACACGCCGCUCGAGCUAUACAUCUUCAACCGGGUCUUCACCUCGCUGGCCGAGUCCUCCUCGGGCGUAAAGUACUGGAGCGAACCCACACUAUGCCGCUUCCUCGAGCUUCCGGACGCGCUGGCGGGCGUCGGACAGGUGCUAUUCCAGAUGUGCGGCUAUAUCGGCGCGUUCCCGUUUCCGAGCCGAGCGCCGGCGAUAUUGGAAAGGGAGGCGCUGCUGAGAGUCGUCACGGUGAUGACGGAGAGGGAUGGAAGGGUGCUGAAGAGGGGGAAGCGGAGUUGGUGGGCGGAGAUCUAUCGGAGUUUGGCGGUUUAUGAGAGGGUGCUGGAGAAGGGCAGCGGUGGUGGUGGUGGGGGAGAAGAUGGAGGUGAUGGAAAGGUGGCCGAGGGAGAAUAUACCGGGUUUGCGGUUGAUGAGCCGGGAGACGAAGAGGAGGAGCAGGAUGACGACGACUUGGUACUUGCCGCACUCGAUUCGAUGGACGCCGCGGACGCGUUCAAGCAGGGAGAGAAGAGCAGUGCAAGGCACUCCAUGAUACCAAGCGACAAUCUCCUCAAGCUUAUACAGCUGCUGCUCUUGGUGGCUCCAAUGGAUGCGCAGGAGAGUCUGUCGACAUUUGCAGUGGACCUGUCAGAACAUCGAAUAGCACGCCUCAGGCGGACAGCCAAAGCAAUACUGUCAUCAUUCGGAGUGGAUCAUUCUCCAGGCGUCAACUUCAAGACGUUUCUUGCCGUGGUCUCUACUUCAACGCCAUAUCUUUUCAACGGCUUCACGCCACUAUUCGAACAUUUCCUUUUCGCCAAAGACUUUGAUCUCUCGAAACGCAAAGCCUCAACCACGUCUGUAGCAUCAGAGCAGCCCUCUACCCCUCCCUCACUCCAUCCAUCCGCAUCCUCGAGCCAACCGCCUCCACCACCACGAGAGCCUCUUCUACCCCCCUCAACAGCCGAAAUCUUGACCCUACCCCUCCUCUCCCAAAUCUCUUUCUUCAUUCCAGGCGCUACCCUCUUCCGGCGGCUCCAACCCCUCUACUCGGGCGGCACCGACGGCUUCAGCCUCGGCAGCUUCGAGAAGAAAGUCCUGAACUGGCCCGGUCCCUCCCUCCUGCUUGUCUCCGGCAGCCUUCUCUCCCUGCAUGGGGACUCAACCAGCGAACGCAACUUCCUCGACACCCUCCCGCCGAAACGGCUCCCGAACAGCACCGCCUCCGCAAACGCCACCGUCAUCUACGGCGCCUACAUCCCCGUCCCCUGGAAACCGACGCACCGAACCUGCUUCUCCGACAGCGCCACCCUCCUCUUCCAGCUCGCACCCACGCACGAUGUGUUCCACGCCUCGCCCACAAACACAGACUACGCCUACUUCAACAAGCCACCCACGCUGCCCGCAGGGCUGGGCUUCGGCUCUCCGAUCCCGCACCAGACGCCCUCGUCCUCGUCGCACGCGGCCGCCUCAGACAAGCCCCUGAAUCUCGGCCCGGUAUCCCUGCACAUCAACGCCGCGCUCGAGUUCGCGGUGUUUACGCAUGUAGCUUCGCCGUCGGAUGCCUCGUUUGCGCCGUCCAGGCUGCCGGGACGAAGGGACAGGGACUUUCAGGACCGUUUUGCGGUGGAGAGUCUGGAGGUUUGGGGCUGUGGUGGGGAUGCGGAGGCGGAGGAGCAGAGGAAAAGGUGGGCGUGGGAAGAGAGGGAGGCGGAGGCGAGGAGGAGGAUUAAUCUGGGGACGGGGGAUGUGGAGGCGGAUAGGGAGUUGUUGCGCUUGGCGGGGCUGAUUGGGGGACAGGGGAGGGAUAGUGGGGGGAGUAUGGGGUGA